AUGGACCUGAAACUACUUCUGAUUUCAACGUUGUUAGGAGUCAUUUGUUUCAGCAGUGCUCAGCAAGAAGGGAACGAGUGCAUCAAGGCUAAUGCCAAAUCCUGUGGGGAGUGUAUUCAAGUGGGAGCGAAAUGUGGCUGGUGCAUGGACUCAGAGUUCCUGGAGCAGGGUGAGGCCACAUCGACCCGCUGUGACGAGCUGGAGUCCCUGAGGAAGAGAGGUUGCAGCUCCACCAAGGUAGAGAACCCCCGAGGCAGCCAGCGGCUCCUGAAGAACAAGGCUGUGACCAACCGCAACAAGGGAGAAGGGAAACUCCAACCAGAGGACAUCACACAGAUCCAGCCACAGAAACUCACCCUUAGCCUCAGAUCGGGUGAACCUCAGUCUUUUAACCUGAAGUUCAAACUUGCUGAGGAUUGCCCCAUUGACCUCUACUACCUGGUGGACCUGUCCUACUCCAUGAAGGACGAUCUGGAAAACGUCAAGAACCUGGGAACACAGCUCGUGCUGGAGAUGUCAAAGAUCACAUCUGAUUUCAGAAUCGGUUUUGGUUCCUUUGUAGAGAAGAAGCUGCUGAACCCCUGUACUGGGGACCAGAACUGCACCAGUCCCUUCAGCUAUAAGAACCUCCUGACGCUGACCAGCAAUGGACAGGAGUUUAACACCCUGGUUGGUGAACAGCAGAUCGAUGGAAACCUGGACUCAUCAGAGGGAGGCUUCGAUGCCAUCAUGCAAGUGGCUGUGUGUGGUGAGCACAUUGGCUGGAGGAACGUCACCCGUCUGCUGGUGUUCUCCACUGAUGCUGGCUUCCACUUUGCUGGAGACGGGAAACUGGGAGGGAUAGUUUUGCCCAACGAUGGGAAAUGCCACCUGGAGAACAACAUGUACACAGUGAGCCACUACUAUGACCACCCCUCCAUCGCUCACCUGGUUCAGAAACUUAGCGACAACAACAUCCAGACGAUCUUUGCCAUCACAGAGGAGUUCCAGCCUGUGUACAUGGAGUUAAAGAAUCUCAUUCCUAAAUCUGCGGUGGGGACACUCUCUGCUAACUCCAGCAACGUUAUCAACCUCAUUAUUGAUGCCUACAAUUCUCUUUCCUCAGAGGUGAUUCUGGAGAACAGCAAGCUACCAGAGGGAGUGACCAUAAUGUACCAGUCACGCUGCAAGAACGGAGUGACUGGUGAGGGAGAGAUGGGAAGAAAAUGCUCCAAUAUCUCCAUCGGUGACGAGGUGUCUUUCACCAUAAGCAUCACAUCUAAGCAGUGUCCUAAAAUGGGCAAACCAGAGACCAUCAAGAUCAAGCCCCUAGGGUUCAAUGAGGAGGUGGAGAUCACUCUGAACUUCAUCUGCGAGUGUGACUGUCACAAAGAUGGCAUUGAGAACAGUGAGAUCUGCCACAAUGGCAACGGGACAUAUGAAUGUGGAGCCUGCAGGUGCAAUAAGGGCCGUAUUGGUAGACAGUGUGAGUGCAGCACCAACGAGGUGACCAGCGAAGACCUGGAUAAGAGCUGCCGUAAAGACAACGGUACAGACAUCUGCAGCAACAACGGAGACUGUGUGUGUGGAACCUGUGAGUGUAAGAAGAGAGUGAACCCAGAGGAACGCUACAGCGGGAUGUUCUGCGAGUGUGACAACUUCUACUGUGACCGCGCCAACAACAAACUCUGUGGAGGACAUGGUCACUGUGAGUGCAGGGUGUGUAUAUGUGAUGCCAACUGGACAGGCAGUGCAUGUGACUGUUCUCUGGACACCACGACCUGCCUGGCUUCCAACAAGCAGAUCUGUAACGGACGAGGCACCUGUGAGUGUGGCGCCUGCAAGUGUACUGACCCAAAGUUCCAGGGCCCCAGCUGUGAGAUCUGUCCUACCUGUCCAGGGGUCUGCGCAGAACACAAGGAGUGUGUUCAGUGCAGGGCCUUUGGGACGGGGGAGAAGAAGGACACGUGUGAGAGAGACUGUAGCUACUUCAACCUGAUCAAGGUGAAGGACAGGGACAAGCUGCCUCAGCCAGGACAGGCCUUCCCCCUGAUGCACUGUAAGGAGAGGGAUGCCAACGACUGCUGGUUCUACUACACCUACGCUGUCAACAACAAGACAGAGAAGGAGGUCCAUGUGGUUGAAACACUAGAAUGCCCUGACAUCAUCCCCACUGAGGCUUCUGGAUCCUCUCAUUAUGGUACAUGGAGAAGACACCAGACCUAAAUGACUGUAUGAGAGAGCAGACUGACCUGACUUGUUACAUAUUAAAGGGGAAUAUAACCAGCACGGGCGAAAACCCUAUCUACAAGCAGUGGCGACCCGUUAUUCAGGGCAGGCAAGCUCCACCCGUUUGCCUGUUUUGCAUGUUAUUUUGGCAUUAAUACAUGUCACAUAUCAGUUUGCAAA